AAUCCCCUCUGAAUAUUGUCUCGAAACGCAAAAGCUCCUCUGAAUCGGAGUGAGGAAGAAAUUGUGGGAGCAACAGCAGAGGAUGAGAGGAGGCAGCAACGCCGCUCGACGGCGUACGCCCGGUCCCGCAGUCGUCGGCUCGCCGGUGAACUCGUCCGCCGCCACUCGCCCUCCACCCUCGCCGUGGUGGCAGUCUAGAUGCAGCUCAACAACUGAGGCGAGAGAUCCCGUUUCCUUUCAACAGAUUUGAUUUUGAGGGGGGUUGGCUGAAUUUUCUCAGGUUGACGUUUAAGGUUUCAGUUAUGGCCCAUUCGGAGAAUAAAAGUAUCCACUCCAUCAAUAUCAUGAUACAAUCAUGCAAAUAUCGUAUUCGAACCGUAUACAUACCCUUUAGCAACUUUGAGAACUAAAUAUACGCUUUGGGGCUCCUUUGGACACAAAGAAAUUUCUGCAGACUGAAACUGUAGUAGGACUUGGUCAGUGCAUGCCAAGUCUCUCCUUGACAAAUACGCAAUGCUUGAUUUGUUGUUCAACUUCGGGCUAGUUGAAUACUAGAUUCAGAUAAUGAAGUGUUGGCAGCUAAGAACCAAGAGUUGGUUCUCAGUUAAGUCAGUUUGAUUGAUGCAGAGAAAAAUAUGUGGUCAGUGCAUGCCAAGUCUCUCCUUGACAGAUAUGCUAUGCUUGAUCUGUUGUUCAACUUCGGGCUAUUUGAAUACUAGGUUCAGAUAAUAAAGUGUUGGCAGCAAAAAACCAAGAGUUGAUUCUCAGUCAAGUCAGUUUGAUUGAUGCAGAGAAAGAUAUGUGGUGAUGCUUCAGCAACAACGACCGGACAGUUGGUUCUCAGUCAAGUCUGUCGCAUAGAAAGAAAUACAUGGUGAUGGCUCGUCAACAACGGCCCAAGAGAUCAGAGUGGUGUACCUGCCAUUAGGAAUCAGUCAAGUCUAUGUGAUAAAGCAACAAAAAUUGCAACCCGAUACCAAGGAUGGCGUGCAUGGAAUCGAUCCAAUUCUAGUGAGUGGAGCACUGGCAUUUUCUAUGGUAAAACGUUUUACUAUUGACCAGCAAGGUUGACUUUGCUAACCAGCAGAGGCAUCAACUUCCAAGCUCAGUGUUCAUUCCUGAAGAUACAAGUCCCCCUAGUCCCAAAUCGAUCCCUCCUUUUUUGACCAGGAACCAUGACUUUGCUAACCAGCAAUGACCAGGGAGGCAGGGGCAGAGCAUAAAAGGAGUUUACAGAGACAUGAACUAUUCAACUUCCAAGCUCAGCGUUCAUUCCCGAGGAUACAAGCCCCCCUAGUCCCCGCAAAUGGAGAUUUUCAUUUCUGCGUUGAUGGGUGAACUCAUAUCAAGAUCCAUGAGUUCCAUCAUCAACAAAUACUCCAAGCCACCGGCGGAGGCCGUGGAGGCUGGCUUAGAGAGGAUUCUACUCAGGGGGCAGGUCAUCAUCGACGAGGCCAUGGGGCGGCACAUCACAAACCACGGAAUGCUCCAGCAGCUUAGUAUGCUGAGGUAUGCCAUGUACCAAGGCUACUAUGUGCUCGUCACCUUCAGAUGCCAAGCGUACCAACAAGAGGAGAAUAUUCAGGCUGUCAGUCAAUCUGGGGUCGUGUCCAAAUUUCGUUAUGCACAACGGCUCUGUCUCUCCAGCAGCAACAGCAAAAAAACAUCACAAGCGCUUGAAGAGGCUCUCGACGGUUUGAGAUCCAUGAUUCUUGAUGCCAGUGAGAUGGUGAGGUUCCUGACAACAUAUCCUCGCUUGCAUCGUCAACCUUACAGCAUGCAUCUCUUGCUGGACAAGUGCAUGUUUGCCCGCCAGAGGGAGACAGAAGUAGUUAUGAACUUCCUUCUGUGCACACAAUCUUGUACUAGUAGCUUUGAUGUCCUCCCAAUUGUUGGUCCGGAGAAUGUUGGAAAGAGCACUCUUGUCGGUCAUAUCUGCGAAGACGAAAGAGUACGUGAUCGUUUCCCCCAGAUUGUUUUUUUCAGGCAUGAUAAUUUCAGAGCUGAAGAUGUAGCCGCUUUGAGAGGCAGAUGUGUAGCAAGACAUGAGAAUAAUGGGAGAUUGCUGAUCAUUAUCGACGUAGUUGGGGAUCUUGAUGAAGAUCUGUGGGAAAACCUGUGCUUUCUUUGCCGGCAGAGCACUACAUGUGGUAGUAAAAUCAUUAUCACAAGCCGGUCUGACAAGAUCACAAAGCUUGGAACAACACAGACUCUAGUACUGAAGCAUCUGUCUGAUGAGGUAUUCUGGUAUUUUUUUAAGGUGAUUACGUUUGGAAGUACAGAUCCCAAGAUGCACCCGAGACUCGUGUAUUUGGCAAUGGAGAUAGCAAAAUUGAUGUAUAACCUCGCUGAAGCAAGCAUCACUGCAUGUGUGUUGAGAGCCAAUUUUAACAUCAAUUUCUGGUGCAAGGUUCUGGCAUUCCGACGAGGGUGCAUGCAAAAGCAGCUCUGUAAGUCUGGGAUGCAUCCGUGUGAACUUCUCAGUGCGAAUAGACCUGUGUAUCUCCAACGAAUGGGUAGAACUACUGAAGAUGUUCUUGUUCUUGGUACUAAUCAGACAUGCUCUUCUGAAGAGGAAGUUCCCAAGAUAACGGCCGUAGAUGUUUUGUAUGGAAUCGCCAGGCCUCAAGGUGGGACAUUUAAGGUCCUUCUAUGGAAGUCUCGGAUACCGCCCUACCAUACCUACAUCCAAACUUAUGAGAUUCGAGAGCUGCAAGCCAGAGCGGUGAAGAGGAAGCGCCCUCUGAUGAAUGGCAUUAGACAUGUUUAGUUUUGUUAAUGUAAGUCGUCUAUACUCUUGUGCCGCUAUUUUCUGCUAUGUUGUAUAACUGAAAAAUAAGGUAUGCUAUGGAGACAUACAUUUCUUUUAUUAUGCCCCUUGGCCAAGUUUGUUCAGAGUGUAGCAAGCUUUGCCCUUUUGUUCGAAAACUAUCCAUACCAGUGUGUCUUGCUUGUCAGACAUCAAUGGCCAACAUAUAUGUGGGUAAUCUUGUACUGUA